AUGACCACGACACAUGCUCGUAUACUAUGGAUGUGUCGUUUACUAGCCCCGGGGCCAGAUGGUCCAUACCCGAUGACACCACCUCCCAGUCCUCGUGCUACUACUGCUCCAUCACAUACUGUUGGUCCCACUCCUCCCCCAAAUAUGCCUACUCCUCCCUCAGAUAUGCCUACUUUUGUUGCUUCACCGUCGGGUUUUCCUACUCUUAGUUCUCCAUUUCUUUAUCAGGCUUAUGAUGAUCCACCUGCGACUACUACUGCUCCACCUCCGAGUCCUGGGCAUAUUGUUCCACCUCAGUCUUCUACUUUUGUGAGUAGUCCUACUCUCAGUGAUCUACCGACUCCCUAUGCUCCACCCGGUUUUGAGCCUGUUGCUUCACCUGAGGGUUUUGAGCAUACUGUUCCACUCAAUCCUGAUUUUACUACCCCGUCAGAGAGCCCUGGUGAUGAACUUGGAUGUAUUUGA